AUGCUCGAGUUGGGAGAGGCAGCAAUGCUCAAUGCGAUGGGGUUGACGCUGGAAGGCAACUAUGGGCGUUGGUUGAUCGACCUGAACCUGAAGAUAGUGUCCCGGGUGUGUCCAACGUGCAGUAGGAUUGGUGCUAUCGCCGCCGCCAUUGGAGUUGAGCAGCCUCAGCCAGUGUUCGAUGUAGGCGUCCUGGUGGAUCCUUAG